UGCUCAGUUUUUGUAGAGCAUUUUUUUCGACAGCGCCCGCGCGAUCAACGUCAUUUGCAACUUAGUAAAGUACAAAUGCGAAAGAACGGUGUCGUAUUUCGGCAUAGUUGUUAUCGUGUGUUGCCUUAAUUUGUUGCUGGUGCGCAAUAUAUCUGCAAGAAAAACCCUUACACAAUUCCGCAAAAACACGCAACCACACAUACAUAAUUAUAUACAUGUAUAUUAGCAUAUGUAUUUACUGGUGUUUGACACAGUCCAACAAAAGCCGUUGCUAAUUUUUGUUAAUAGUACUGUUAUUGCGGUUGUCAUUAAAUCUCUUUCUAAAAUCUAGAGCAGCAGACACUUUAAAAUGAGUGCCCAGCCGAGUCCCUGCAUGAAUCCUCAGCAGCAGCAAAGCGAGCAGGAGAAGGUGUACCAAUGGAUCAACGAAUUGGCGCACCCGGACACGCGCGAGACCGCUCUGUUGGAGCUAAGCAAAAAGCGUGAAACCGACUUGGCUCCCAUGCUGUGGAACAGCUUUGGAACGGCAUGUGCUCUGCUUCAGGAAAUUGUUAACAUAUAUCCGUCUAUAACUCCGCCCACUUUGACGGCACAUCAGUCGAACCGUGUGUGCAAUGCCUUGGCCCUACUCCAGUGCGUCGCCUCCCAUCCGGAGACCCGCACAGCCUUUCUGCAGGCGCAGAUUCCACUCUACUUGUAUCCAUUUCUGUCGACUACUUCGAAGACCAGACCCUUUGAAUAUUUGCGUCUGACCAGCUUGGGCGUGAUUGGGGCCUUGGUUAAGACCGACGAGCAGGAAGUAAUCACGUUCUUGCUCACCACGGAAAUUGUUCCUCUUUGCUUGAGCAUUAUGGACAGCGGCUCAGAGCUGAGCAAGACUGUGGCCACCUUCAUCAUCCAGAAGAUACUGCUUGAUGAGUCGGGCCUGUCGUACAUAUGUCAAACCUACGAACGCUUCUCGCAUGUGGCCAUCACUCUGGGUAAAAUGGUGAUCCAGUUAUCGAAGGAGCCAUGUGCCCGUCUGCUGAAGCACGUAGUGCGUUGCUAUCUACGUCUCUCUGACAAUACACGCGCUCGCAAAGCCCUUGGACAGUGCUUGCCGGAUCAGCUUCGCGAUGGCACUUUCGCUCUGUGUUUGCAAGAUGAUAAAUCCACGAAACAGUGGCUUCAAAUGCUCCUGAAGAACCUGGAACUGGGAAACACCCCACAGCAGAUCGGCAUGUCGCCAUUGGGCUCGUAGAUCACAAGCCAAAUCUCAUUUGUCUUAAGUAUUUCAUUUGCAUCUUACAGGACUUCCGCGCCCGCACCCGCAAUACGCGCCAUACAAAUCGCUUCUUAUUAAUUAAAUCCAUAAAUUAGUUAUUACCGGACAGAACGUCUUGGUAAUAAGUUUCCACGAGAUUGCCUGUGCUUAUCCUUAUCCAGAUCAAAUUUGCAGUUUCUUAUUCUACUAGAAUCUAAUUUAUAAUGUAAAUAAAUAACACAUACCGUAAAA